CUCCCAUAUAUCUUACAUAUUUUACCGCUUUAAGUUGUAAUGUUAUGACGUGAUUCAUCAUUGUGCGUUCCAUUCCAAUGUAUGUGGUGGUUCGGUGUGGCGGUGUACGACUGAGUAGCAACCAUGAAGAACGAUGCGGUGGUGCCGCACGUCCCCGCCCAAUGUAAUAGCUUUGGGGAAAUCAGUUCCAAGGGUUUGUUUUAUGAAGACAAUCCUCUGAUUCACCCUCUUCCUUCUCUAUUAUUGCAGCUCUCGCUCAUCUCCAUCAUCACAAGGGUCAUGCAAAUCCUUCUCAAGCCUUUCGGCCAGCCCCUCAUUGUUUCUCAGAUUCUUGGUGGUGUUAUAUUGGGUUCAUCGGUCCUCGGGAGGAAUGGAGCUUUCUUAACAGAAGUGUUUCCCAUUAAAGAUGGAGGGAUACUUGAUACAUUAUCAAUUUUCGGUUUCAUGCUUUUCAUUUUUCUGGUUGGGGUGAAAAUUAAUCCCGUAAUGGUUCUCAAGUUGAGUAGAAAAGCAUUGAUUGUAGGAUUUCUAGGCUACUUUGUCUCUUUUGGACUAGCCAACUUCACUCUCUUUCUUCUUGAGAGAUUCAUAUCCUUAGAUAAAGAGAUAUCCAAGGUGCUCCCUCAAGUCGUUAUAAUGCAAUCCAUGACAGCUUUUCCUGUUAUUGCUUGUUUCCUCACUGAGUUCAAGAUUCUUAAUUCUGAGAUUGGUCGUUUAGUUUCUUCUUCAUCAAUUAUAUGUGACAUUUGUCAUUGGUCAAUGAUGGGUUUGAGGUAUGCUGCUAAAUUUGCAAAGGAUCAAUCCUUAUUAGCAUCCCUUGGUUCUUUUUUCUCUACUGCCCUGUUUGUUGGCUUUUUGGCAUUUGUGGUCCACCCUGCUGCCUUAUGGGCAACCAAAAAUACCCCACAAGAAAAACCUGUGAAAGAGAUUUACAUUUUUGUUGUACUUAUCGCAAUAAUGAGUUGUGGAUUUGUCGGAGAGGUUAUUGGAUUAAGUGGUAUUUUUGCUUGUUUUCUUCUUGGUUUGGUAAUACCCGAUGGACCGCCAUUUGGAGCUGCUAUAGUUGAAAGACUUGAUUCAUUUGUGUCUGUUAUGCUUAUGCCUUUAUUCUUCACUAUAUGUGGGGUGGAAACAAAUUUUUUCUCUAUAAAGAAGUUGAAACAUGUGGGUGUGCUUCAGACCAUUGUUUUGGUUGCUUUCAUAGGGAAGACCGUGGGCACAAUGCUUCCCCUUCUACUCUAUAGGAUGCCACUUCGAGAUGCCAUCUCUCUUGCGCUCAUCAUGAACUCGAAAGGGAUUGUUGAGCUUGCAUUAUUGAUUGAGUUCAAACAUGCCCAAGUAAUAACAGAAGAAUGCUAUGCUAUUCUGAUUAUCUCAAUGGUUGUUAUAACAGGCGUCAUCUCCCCGCUUGUAAAGCUAAUAUAUGAUCCAUCAAGACGGUGGAUUGCUUACAGGCGAAGAACUAUUUUGCAUAGUACCCUUAAGGAUGAACUCCGCAUACUUGUUUGCAUACAAAAGAAAGAAAAUGUCAGCGGAAUCUUUACUCUCCUUCAAAUCUCCAACCCAACAAGAGAAAGCCAUAUUAACUUGGUCGUUCUUCAUCUCGUGAAACUCAUAGGUCAAGCCUCCUCUUUCCUUAUUCGCCACACAAACCGAGACGAUGAGGAUAAUGCACUCCCAAAUCUAACACUAUCUGAACAGAUCUUCAACGCGUUCAAACAACUUGAGCAAAAAAAUCAAGAAUCUUUAUCCAUACAAUGCUACAAAGGUGUCUCUCCUUUUGCAUCAAUGCACAACGACGUAUGCUCUUUAGCUGUAGAGAAGAGAACCACUCUCAUCAUUCUCCCGUACCACAAACAAUGGACUUUCGGGAGAAGGGUAGAAUCAUCAUAUGCACAAAGGCUGCUAAACAGUAAUGUACUUAAAAGCACACCUUGUUCGGUCGGGAUUCUAAUUGAUCGAGGAAAUAUGAACAACAACUCAAGGAUUCUCGUAGACGUGCCUUCGCCAUACCGAGUCGCAAUGCUCUUCUUUGGUGGACCAGAUGACCGAGAAGCAUUGGCUUAUGCACGUCGCAUCUCAGGGCAUCCUAAUGUGACACUCGUGAUCAUUAGAUUCGUCAGCUCAUCAUCGUGUGAGAUUGUGGCUGGGUCAGAGAGAAGUAAAACGUUGGAUUCAAAAAUAACGAGUGACAUGAGAUUGAAUAUCCAUUCUCAAUGUGGGAGAGUUUCAUACACAGAGGUGGAAGUGAAUGAUGGAAUAGAUGUAGUGGGUGUAAUUGGGCCGAUGGGAUCCAUGUAUGACCUCAUCAUGGUCGGGAGACGCCAUGGCGACUCACAAGUGAUGUUUCAGCUCAAGAAGUGGGUGAAUGAGUGUGGCGGAAUAGGGGCAGUGGGACAAGUUCUUGCAAGUUCUGAUUUCCAAGGGGAAGCUUCAGUUUUGAUUGUGCAACAACAAAAAAGGCUUUGGGGUCUUCGUGAUCCUGAAGAGUCAACACAUUUGAGGAGAAUUGGAUCACAAGAGGUUUCAUCUUUUGGCUCCUAACUAGAGUAAGUUUGAUCUCAUAGAUAAAGAUCCUUUAGCCUGAUAAAUUGGGUAGUUUAGCUGUCUCACCCAAUUGAGUCUUGUCUAACGAGCUAUAAAACAAACAUAAAAUAGAAUAUACAAUUUCAUCUUUAUUUGCAACCAAAUGUCAUGUGUCAAACAAGUCUUUGUGUACGUUAGCUAACCUAAUCUAGCUCAGUCAUCCCAUUUCAAGCAAAGCUUCCUUUUAAUUAAAGGUCACUUCUGAAUUGAUCUUUUGC